CUCCUUUUCCAUUAUUAUUCAAUUAUUCAUUUUUUAUUACUUUCCUUUGCAUCGCCCUUCGGCUGUAAAAUGUUGACCGGAAGUUGCCGAUUUUUGGGAUGGCACUAUUUUCUCAGCUGACGCUUGCUGGACUUGGCGUAACUAACUAGCUACUCAACCAAGUAAACUUGCAGAUAUUUAAGCGAGCGACUCUUCCUCUAUAUCAAUACCUACACCAUAGUGCAUGAUAUAUGCUGCAUUUGACAAGGUCAUGGACUUCAGGUGAAACGGCUGGAGAGUCAAUUAAGCGAUAUCUGCACUUUCAAUGUGCUGAAGCUGAUCUUGAAGGACCAGGAAUGGCGAAAUGGCCUUCGUUCUCUUGCCCCCGUUUAAUGUAUAAAAAGGUCUCGAGCGCCUUGAUCUCUACAUACCCAAUUCCAACUCAUUCUCUCAUCCUAUUGAAAAACCUGACUGACAACCUUCAAAUACCCUAUCGUCUUGAUAGAUCUCUGAAGAUGGGCUUCCUCGUGGGCAUCACUGCACUUCUAUCUAUUGCUAUUACUACCUAUGCUGCGCCCUAUGACCAACAGAUCCUAAAUAAACAGGGCAAUGGGGAUCCACGCAUUACAGAUGGAUCCCAUGGAGGGUUGUAUCUUUGCUCAGGGGCAGGCUUCGUCGGUCACUGCGAGUACUACCGUACCCCGUUUGGGAGCUGUGUCACAAUCACCGAUCAAUUCCCUUCUGGAAAUGGCGGGGUCAAUGGUGUAAACGCAGCUGGUUCCGACAAAGGGAGCUGGUGCACUUUAUAUGCGCAACCGGGCUGUCGGGGAUCUGAGCUUCAGAUCCAUUACCCUGGGUAUGAUGACCUGCGGAAGGUGAGCUGGAGAGCUAGGGCGCGUAGUUAUAACUGCGCUGCCGAGUAAGACGGAAAAAUGAAAGAGAUAAUGCACAUACUAGGCUUUAGUGACAGCUCAAUGCCGCCAUCGAUAUGGCUGGUACCUAGUCCGAUGGGAAUAUAUGGGCAGAAAGUAUUAUGUAGCAAGAUAAACAUAUAAGCCGGGCCUGCACAAAGUAUUAAUAACAUUCAAUCCUCUAUUGAGGGUCAAUAUGAGAUAAGAGAAACGACGUGGUUAAAUAGCCGCUCAUAGUUUGAUUUUUUUGUCUUUAGUUAGACCGUAAGGUUUACUUUCAAAAGACCUCAACUGGUAUCAUCGACCAUUAUUUCAUGAGCAUCGUGUGGAGUCCAGUGCCUUGGAUC